AACAAACCACAGCAAAGAAAAAAAGGACGAAGAAGAAGUAGCAUCAUCCUGCUGUCGGGUUAGCCCCGGAUUAGCCUCUAAAUAUGUGACAAAUGCGAGGUUAACCAAAUGUCGGACUCACUCUCAAUUUCAACCGGCAUGACCUGCAAACCAUGGCGAACCCUCAGUUUCCGGUGAACAUGGACCUCUUGGCCGAACCGGUCGCCCGUUGUCUCUGCUGCUCGUGUUGUUAUUGUAGCUAGCGCUAGCGUUAGCUACGUGGCUAACCCCGCUUCACUUCGCUCCCGAGGUAAGCCGAAGGUUGGUUCGUCGCGGUCGGCCAGUGAACCGCAACGAUAACAGACCGCAGCGAUGUUUGUGUUACGCUUCCUAAGAAGUAAUUACGUCGGGUAGUUGGCCGUGGACAUUUCUGUCUUUUUUGCCACGGCCGCAGGGCACGAAAUGCCGACGUUAUCGGAUAAGUGACUUCACGCAUCGGAGUCACGGCUGCACGCUUCGGAAGAAGACGCCUCCACGGAAAUGGCUCCGCCGGCUUCGGCCGCCCGGCGCACCUGACGUCGCCAGCACCCACCGCUGACUCGGGGUGUAUCGAGAUGGAGCGGCAGAGAGCGGCCGGGCAGACGAGGGCUCCCCUUCUCCGCGGCGCGUACGUCUGAGCCAACCAUGUCCUGCAAAGCGGCGACCAAGGACAAGAAGUCGAGCUUCAGCAAGAAGCUCUUCCGGCGAGGCUCCGUCCGCUCCGUGGGCAGUUUCAUGAGCAGGGUGCUGAGGACCCUGACCGCGUUAUCUACCUUCGGAUCGGAAGCGCCGGCCGACGAGGACAAAGACGAUGGAGGGUUUUCCACUUUCAAACCGGGGUGCAAAGACGUGCCCAUGGACGGUGGCGACCUCGCGGGGUUCCUGUCCGGGGAGAGGGUCCCCGGAGUGUCGGGCCUCAAAAACCACGGGAACACCUGCUUCAUGAACGCGGUCCUGCAGUGCCUGAGCAACACCGAGCUCUUCGCGGAGUACCUCGUCCUGGAGCACCACAAAGGCGACGAGUCGGACGAGGGCAAGCCGCCGGCCAACGGCGUCCACCUGCAGAAGAAGGGUCCUCUGUCCAGGGGAGAAGUCACGGAGCAGCUGUCGGGACUCGUGCGGGCUCUGUGGACGUUCGAGUACACCCCGCAGCACAGCAGGGACUUCAAGAAUGCGGUGUCGAAAAACGCCACCCAGUUCAAAGGGAACGCUCAGCACGAUGCGCAGGAGUUUCUGCUGUGGCUGCUGGACCGAGUGCACGAGGACCUCAACACGGUCAACCCCAACAUCAGGCCGGCUGUAAAGCCACCUAUUGAAGAAGACGAUCAAAGCUUGGAGGGGCCGUCCCCCCCCCUCUCUGCCGGCUCUUUUGUACAAGAACUAUUUCAGGCUCAGUACAGGUCUUCUCUUACUUGUCCACAUUGCCAAAAGCAGAGCAACACGUUUGAUCCCUUCCUCUGCAUCUCCUUACCAAUCCCACUGCCGCACACCCGGCCCCUGUAUGUGACGGUGGUCUACCAGGGGAAGUACUCCCACUGUAUGAGGAUCGGAGUUGCUGCUCCGCUCAACAGCACCGUCUUUCGCCUCAGAGAUGCCGUGUCACGAGAGACCAAGAUCCCGACGGACCAGUUCGUUUUGACUGAAAUGUACUACGAUGGUUUUCAUCGUUCAUUUUGCGAUGAUGAUGAUGAUCUUGACAUCAUUCAAGAGAGUGAUUCUAUAUUUGCCUUUGAGACACCAGAGACCUUCAAACUGGAAAAUAUACGCACGAAACGAGGAAGUCUUCUGGCAAACCUGAACCAUAACAACUUAAAAUAUGGGACAGAAAUCAGCAGGACUUCAUCUUUCAUGCAAGGGGCCGUGACCCCUUUGACUGCGUCACCCAAUAAAAACCUGGGACCAGAAAAAAUGAUCCUCCUGGUGUGUAACAGAGCUUGUAGCGGCCACCAAGGAAAGAGAUUCGGCCUGCCGUUCGUACUGUACAUGGAGCGCACUGUGACCUGGGACGCUCUGCAGAAGGAGAUCCUGGAGAAAAUGCGUCAUCUCCUGAGGCCAGGGGUCUACAUUCAGGUCGGACCUUUCAGUCUCCGCGUGGUUGGCGUUGUCGGUAUCACCUACCUCCUUCCACAAGAUGAGCGACCACUGUGUCACCCAACCGUGGAAAGAGCAUACAAGUCCUGUGGACAAGGGGGGCCACCACACGUGAAGAUUGUGGUUGAGUGGGACAAAGAGACCAAAGACUAUCUGUUCGGGCACACCGAGGAGGAGUACAUUCCCGAUGCGGAGAGCGUGUAUCUGCACAGGGAACAACACCAUCAGCCUCAGGCCUGCACCCUGGCGCAGUGUUUUCAGCUCUACACUAAGGAGGAGCAGCUGGCCCCAGACGAUGCCUGGCGCUGUCCCCACUGCAAGCAGCUGCAGCAGGGCCGCAUCAAGCUCAGCCUGUGGACGCUGCCCGACGUGCUCAUACUGCACCUCAAGAGGUUCCGACAGGACGGCGAUCGCAGGGUGAAGAUGCAGAACAUGGUGAGGUUCCCGCUGAUGGGCAUGGACAUGGCACCUCACGUGGUGAAGAGAAGCCAGAGCAGCUGGAGUCUACCCUCCCAUUGGUCGCCGUGGAGACGCCCGUACGGGCUGGGAAGAAACCCCGAUGACUACCUGUAUGACCUUUACGCUGUGUGCAACCACCACGGGAACAUGCACGGAGGCCACUACACAGCCUACUGCAAGAACUCCAUCGACGGUCAGUGGUACUGCUUCGAUGACAGCGAGGUUUCCCCAGUAGCCGACGACGACGUGUGCCAGCAGACGGCCUACAUAUUGUUCUACCAGCGGAGGACCGUCAUCCCCUCCUGGUCGGCCAACAGCUCUGUCGCCGGUUCCACCAGCUCUUCCCUGUGUGACCACUGGAUCAACCGCUUACCUGGCAGCCGGCCUGCCAGCCUGGCCUCUGGCGCCUCCUCCAGGCGCACCUCUAUGGCGUCGCUGGCCGAGUCCGUGGAGUUCCCAGUAGAGCGCAGUGAAGAUGACGGGGGCUUUUCCAUCCGCCCCUUUGUGCGCAGCAUUCAGCGGCAGAGCGUGUCCUCCAGGUCGUCCGUCGCCAGUCCUUUAGCCUUCAACGACAGCGGCAUCAAACCCUCCUGGUCCCUCUCUGCCAAGCUGCACAUGAGAUCCAACUCGCCCUCCCGCUUCUCCCUGGACUCCCGCUGUUCCCCCCCUCUGGAGAGGAUAGGCGAGGCCUGCGAUGACAAGGUGUCCACGUCCUGUUUCGGCAGCUACAGUAAGCAUGAGCGCUACUUUGGCAGCAGGACCCCCCUGUCUAUGAUGGAGGGCAACUUCGGCGACCAGGACAACGGCACGCGGUUCCUCGACAUGAUGUACUGCAGGGCUCCCACUCCGGUGGAGAAGAAGGGCGCCAAAAGCGAGGCGACCGAAAACAACAACCAGAUAACGGCGAUCGACCAAAACGUGGUACCCGCCCAAGCUGCUCCCUGCAAAGAGCCCAAGCGGAAAAGCAGCACCGGAGGACUUCUUGCCUCGAAGGCAGAAAACUCGGGCUCCUCAAAGAGCUGCAGCAAAGCGGAGCAGGAGAAAACCUCCAAAAAACGCCUGUGCUCCGCCCACAAGAGCUGCGCCGCUGAGACGUCCUACGGUUCUCCUGUGAAAGGCAAAAAGGAGAGCGUCCCCAAAGGAAAGACCGCCAACGCCAAGAAAAACACCUCCACGCCCUGCGGGACGCCCUCCAAAACCAACAAGGCCCCGCCUGGCGGCGACGCCGCCGCCCCGCGCAAGCCGCUGGUCCGCUCCACCCCCCAGUCCUCGGCGUCUCCGUCGCCGACCGCGAAGAAGGAGCCCGGCGUCCCCGACAGAAGCUCCACGGGCCGGAGGCGGCUGGUGGAGAGGAGCUGCAGCAGGGACUCGGUGCACGCCAGCCCCCAGGCCGACGGGCUGCGGGGCAGCCCGCUGUCCCGCGCCUCCCUCUCCAAGAGCGGCGAGGGCGCCCGGCCCGAGAGGAGGUCCGUGAGGAGCUCCAGCAGCAGCUCCUCCGUCACCAGCCUGCGCUCCCCCAGCGUCUCCGCCAGAGAGGCGCAGCGCGGCGGCAGGUCGGAGGAGAAAGGCCUGUCCUUCUUCAGGAGCGCCCUGCGGCAGAGGGAAAGCCGCCGCUCGGCCGACCUGGGAAAGAGCGCCCUGCUCGGCAAAAAGGCCUCGGAGAGGACGGGCAAGCAGAGCGCGCAGGCCAACGAGCUCGACGGCGGGAAGGCGGGAGUCGCCGCGUCCCCGCUGACCCCCGCAGGGACUCGUGGCGGGGGGACAAAGCCGGGCACAAAGGAGGCUUCCAAGCCCCCCGGCUCGCUCAGUCGCACUCUGUUGAACGUUGGCAAGUCCAAGUCUUCCACGUCCGAGCUAAGUCUCAAGCCUUCCUCCAACGGGAAGAAGCCCCCGGAAAGGACGGCGUCUUCCCGGAAGCUGUCGUCGAGCACGCCGUCUCCUGCGCGCGCAGCCAAGAGGCCUCAGUGAGAAAACCUCAACAUGAUGCAGCUAUUUUCUUUGUGCCUCGGUUCCAGCGAGCACCGGACGUGUUUGUAGAGAGACGCACUUCUGACUGGGUGCUUUUGCAUCAGCUCUGAGGUCUGGAUAUUGAGUUUUCUCCUCCGUAGCAAAGCGCGGCGCAUCGUCCGCAUGUUUAGGUGGCAAACGGGCUCCAGUUUUUAAAGCUGCGCCGAUGGUUACCAGCAGGUCUGGGUGUGAUGGGACGCUCGCUGUGUUAGAUGGUACCGACCUGCCCGUCGGACCGGAGGCUUGAAGCCGAAUCUUAAAAUCCCAUUAUCUUUCCUUCAGACCUGACGCUUGCUAUGUGCUUUUUUUGAAAAGCUGCAGGCAUUAAGUUUAAAGAGGUUAACGGGGUUAAGUCGCUCCGUUUGCCUCUCUGCAGAUGGGUGGGUGUCAGUAGUGUGACCUCACAGCUUUUUAAAGGCAUUUAAAACUCCUCGUUAGCAGACGGUCUCUGGACAAACACUGAAACUGGAUAAAUGCUCACGCACUCAAAUACAAAAGAGUUUGGUUACGUAUCGAUUGGUGCAGAGCACUCGCGGUAGUUCUCUCUGAUCCCUUUCUGCAUGCAGCCCAUGCAUUGGUUAGUAGGUAGCGUGUCCAAAGCUAAGGAGGGAAAGACUUGACGUCCCGUAAGAGAAGACAAAUAACAGAUCAUUUUAGUCUUCCUAAUUAGUAACAUAAGAAUAAUAUAGAUAGAGCGGCUCGGACCAAAGCGAUUAGAGUUGGUACUCGCAUUAAGACAGCUUUUCCAAUCUUUUAAGACUUUAUUUUUGUUGUAUAUUAGUACUUUUUUUGAUAGAAAUGUAUUUUAUCAGACACUACUUUUUUCUCAAAGGGAAGUUGUGUUUUUGGAAUGAAACCCUUUAAAGUCAAAGUGUAUAUAAAUAUAUCUUUGCAGGCAUUGACUGAAUAUAUCGAGUAAAACCCAUUUCUUUCUUCCACGACCGAGAUGAAAAUGAUCUUAAGCGCCUUUUAAUUCUGUACAUGGAAACAAAUUUCCUCCGGCGUCAUAGUAGUCCACUACUGUGUGCAUCACUUGGGAAUGUUCUAUUCUUCGCACUUUCUAUAGAUACGGUAGCGUUUCUUUUAUAUACACGCACACAUUAAUCUCAUUUUGGACAUAUCGCUGAGUCGUGUCACCCGGCCUCAGACUUGAAAUGGCAGACGGGUUCGUCCCAGAAGUCCACCGUCUCUGUACAGCUGUGGGUGGACCGUGCAGAUGCUGGCUGGUCUUUGUCCCUCUGCCGCCGAUGCUCGCUGGCCGCGUCGCUGUACAUUUCCCCCUCAUGCAAUAGCAAUAUCCAUUCAUCCGACACCAGCACAGAGCGUGUUCUCAACCAAUGAAUGAAUGUGGCUCUGCCAUUAGUAAGUGCGUCAUACUUUAACAUCGUCUUUGACUUCUAGAUCUGCAGCAUUUCUCUAAACCGGCUCUCUGUAGCAUCUACCAAGUUUACAUGUUCUCUCAGAUGGUUUCAAAUCGAACACGCGCUCCGAUGUUAAACGUGCACGUAUGUUGUUAAAGUAGCCCGUCGGUAGAGAUUCACAUGGAGCAGUUUGUCAGUGGCAGCUAAAUAUGCUGACAUGUUCGAGGCGAACUCUAACCCCCGUUGUUUAAAGGUGCCGUUAAGCGGCUGGAGCACUAAUUUGGCCGUAGCAGACGUGAACGAAGACCCGACGCGUUCACUGUCUCCCAAACCCUCCCGGGACUUUUUUUGUGCCCAUCGCUGAGGCGUAGCGGCUGCUGUGUUCAAGCCGCCCUGGACCAUGUGACCACGUGCUGCGGGGUUAAAUGCGGGGCGGUUCCUGUAGCUGCUCUUUUCUACUUUAAUCGAUCAGGAACUCGUGCACUUGGGAUCAAAGCAGGAGGAUUUCACGUCAUUGUUUGCAUCGUUUCCGUCGUGCGUUUUUAAGGCUUCGCCGUGACUUGUUGGUCCGUCUCGGGCCGUCUCUCGUAAACAAAAAGGACGACAGCAGUGGUUCUCCACAUUAGUUAUUAAGAUAUUAAAGGGGUCCGACUGGACUUCUGGUGGCACUCGUGACAGAACUUGGAGCUGAACCCGCGUGUUGAAGCUGCUUUCUGUUUUUCACCCAUGACUUUUUGUCAUGUGUUCAUAGCCGCCACAUUGCCUACGUUGCUCUUUGUGUGUGUGUGUGUGUAGUACGUAUGACCUGUAUCAUGCAUCAACCUGUAUCAUGCACAGGAACAUUAGAAACAAGCUGAAACAAGACCAGAGACAUUCUAUAGCGCAUCUAAAUAUGUCCACCGUGUAGAACAUAUAAGAAAAAUGAAUCAAGGCAUUUACACAAUCACUUCUCCUUUACUGCAGUUUUUUGUCGAUGUAGAGAAUGCGAAUGAUUAAGGAAUGCAGUUUUGCAUGCUGACAUAAUGCAUGUAUUUCAUUAACUAUGCAAGACUCUGCAGCGUAGAGAGCAGAGCAGCCUGUUGUAGCCCAUUGCUUCAUUUGCACACAUUUCCAAUGUUAAGAAUUUGUCACUUACAUAAUAUUAACUGUACAGUUAAAAAGAUUCCACCAUAAAAAAAUGUAUAUACGCGAUGCCGUCAUUUCUUUUGUUUUUGUAAUUCUGCUGAUCUGGGUGCUCCGACCUCACAGGGACGGUUCUGACUUUUUGUUUUGCUGUUGAACACCAGCAGAGACAAACAUCAUGUAUGUAUAUGUAUGUUUUGUGAGGAAAAAGGCUCCGUUAAUUCAAUUUGUUGAACAGUUUGUUGAAAUGUUCUUAGCUGCAUCAAAGAUCAGCUUGUCUUCACUAUAGAGGCCACUCAAAUAAAUAGAUACACAUAUGUAUGCAAAUGUUAAAGGCAAUAAUAGAGAACAUUUAGUUUUGUAUUCGAGGAUGUAGCGAACAAUCACAUGGAAAUGUUCAGUUAAAACAUUUCGGUAUUUAUGCCGAGUCGAUCAUUGCAAUCAUGACUCUUUAUUGAAAACAGGCAGUGUGUCAGAAAACAAAGGACCACUAUUUUUAUUUUGAACUGGCUCCCUUUGUGUGUGUGCGUGUGUGUGUGUGUGUGUGUGCCCAUGCGUAAUCCUGCACAUUGACUUAUAGUUGUGUAGUUUUACAGAGUCACAUCUCUUUCAAGGCGAAACUAUGACAAAUGACAUUAUCUGCAACACGUUUUUGUAAUUUUACCACUUUACCAAUCAAAGUUGCAAUAACCACUGAAACUGAAAUGCCCGAAUCCUUCAGCUUCUGCCGGUACUCUGGUGCUUCAGCAAUACAGCUGCGCGCUGUCGUUCAUAUUAAACACUACAAACGUAUCUUACUGAAACCUUUCAGCAGCCUUAAGCAGAACAAACCGUAACGGAUAGUUUGUGUGUUUGGAGCUGAGGAGCCGCGUGAUGAAUGAAUGUCAUGAGUCUCAUUUUAACGUUCCCUCAGCUGAUAAAGAGCAACACUAGUGCUGCGUGCACAGCACGCCUCCACGUUGACCUUCUUUUACUCGUGAUUGUAUCAUUCUAAAAGCAUUUUGUAAAAUACACUGCGUUGCAUUUCUUGAGAUUGUUUUCACGAAUGAAUCCUGUUUUACUGUAUUUCAUUUCAUCUUUGUUUUAUAAUCUUUUUGUCUUUUAAGUGUUUGACAUUCAAUAAUUCAUUCGGAUAGGUCAAAAGCUUCUGUUAUGUUAAUUUAUUUGUCUUGUUGUCAAAGCUUGUCAUAUAUGCACUUUUACAUUUUUUUUUCCACCAAAAAGGACUAAUGUGUAAAUACUUUGUUGUUUUAUCAAUACAAGUAUAAAAUGACGAAUCGUAUUAAAAAUGUGUAAAAUUGGA